AUGAUCUUGACAAUGAAGCUCAUCAAGAAGACACUGGUGAUGCUCUUCAUCAGCGCCAACCUCCUCGGGACGAUCUCGCCGUGCGCGGCCCUCCCACAACAAGGUCUUCUCCCAUCUGACUCUCCAACCACGCCAACCUCGCUCCCUCUCUCCUGGAACGCAACAUCGUCACCACUCCCCAAGAACACCACCGUGACAAACACUCACCAGCUCUCCAACAAAAUCAAACCCCCUCACAUCUACUGCAAAUCCUUCUGCAUCCACAAAGGCCUCUACCCAACCUUCGACUACGGCCCCGUAAACCUCACCACCAGCAACCCAGACACCCUCCUCACCUGCCUCGACCAAAUGUGGGACCAUCUGAACCCCACCACCCACAAAAAAAAACCACCCCAAAGGCCACCCCACCGACUGGCGACGCAAAGGUUUCCACUGCAGCUAUUCCCACAUUUUCCAACUCUCUCAUCAAAAACUCCGUAA